GUUUUCCCAGCCCCCGUGCAUGCUGGGUAAUAGAACUUCCAACAUGGCGGCGCCCGUGUGAAUGAAAGUCCACGAUCCACUUUCACUUUUCCUCUUCAAUCAAGGUGGCUUUGGCAUCCUCUGAUCAAGAAGCAGAUUCUCCCUUCUGUCCGUGUUGCCAGGCGACGUAUUGAGAAUGAGUGAGGGUUCCAAGCUGUGGGGCGGGCGCUUCACCGGGGGCGUUGACCCCGUGAUGGAGAGGUUCAACGCGUCGAUCGGGUUCGACAAGCGGAUGUGGGAGGCGGACAUCAAGGGCAGCCAGGCGUACGUCCGCGCGCUCGGGAAGGUCGGGCUUGUCAGCAAGGACGAAAUGGAAGAGAUCUACGAGGGGCUGGGAAAGGUGGCUAUCGAGUGGCAGAACGGGACCUUUGAGAUCCAGCCCAGCGAUGAAGACAUCCACACUGCAAACGAGAGACGGCUCAAGGAGCUGAUUGGUCCCGCUGCGGGAAAGCUUCACACGGGCCGGAGCCGGAACGACCAGUGCGCGACCGACAUGCGGAUCUGGCUGCGUGAGGCGCUCAGAACGCUGAGGGGAUACCUUCUGGACUUCAUCCAUGUCUUCCUGGAGAGGGCCAAAAGGGAGACCGAGAUCAUCAUGCCAGGCUAUACCCACCUGCAGAGGGCUCAGCCAAUCAGAUGGAGCCACUGGUUGCUAAGCCAUGCCUGCGCCUUGCAGAGGGAUGCACAGAGGCUGGAUGAGAUGGCUGUCAGGGUCAACGAACUCCCCCUGGGAAGUGGCGCCCUGGCAGGAAACCCCUUCAAUGUGGACAGACAGUUCCUGGCUAAGGAGCUGGGAUUUGGUGCAGUAAGUCUGAACAGCCUGGAUGCCACCAGUGGGAGGGACUUUGUAGUGGAGUUCCUGUUCUGGGCGUCGCUAACGGCAACCCACCUGAGUAAGUGGGCGGAGGACCUCAUCAUCUACAGCAGCAAGGAGUUCAGCUUCAUCUCCCUGUCAGAUGCCUACAGCACUGGAAGCAGCCUGAUGCCACAGAAGAAGAACCCAGACAGCCUGGAGCUGAUCAGGGGGAAGGCAGGCCGAGUGUUUGGACACUGCUCAGGUUUCAUGAUGACCUUGAAAGGCCUGCCCAGCACCUACAACAAGGACCUUCAGGAGGACAAGGAGGGGAUGUUCGACGCCUACGACACCAUGAUGGGCGUGUUGCUAGUGGCAACGGGCGUGCUGUCCACCCUGGAGGUCAACAAGGUCGCGGCAAAGGCUGCCCUGAGCCCGGACAUGCUGGCCACGGAUAUUGCGUACUACCUGGUCCGCAAGGGGAUCCCAUUCCGUGAGGCCCACGGCAUGUCGGGUGCUGCGGUUCACCUGGCGGAGACCAAGAAGUGCCAGCUGAGCGACCUGAAGCUUGAAGACUUACAGACCAUCAGCCCGAAGUUCGAGGCUGACGUAGAGAAGCUGUGGAACUAUGAGAACAGCGUGGAACAGUACACGGCUUCGGGCGGCACGAGCGGCGCGUCCGUCAUGCACCAGAUCCAGACGCUGGACGAGUGGCUGGCUCACAUGAGGAACAAGUCACACACCAUGAAGUCCAGAAUGGAGAUGGACGUCACUCUGAACUAAAACAUGCGAGUCUGAUGCAGUAAUCACUGUGGCUUGAUAGGGGGAGCUGCUGACACAUGUAUGUUUGAUGCAGUAAUAACUAUGAGUUGAUAGGGGGAGCUGCUGACACAUGCAAGUUUGAUGCAGUAAUCACUGUAGGCUGAUAGGGGGAGCCGCUGACACAUGUAUGUUUGAUGCAGUAAUAACUAUGAGUUGAUGGGGGGGGGGCUGCUGACACAUGUAUGUUUAAAAUCGCGAUCACUGUACCUCCAGGUAGAAAACCACGUUGUUCUGAAAAGAAACUGCUGAUCAUGAUGAGCUGCUAGAUAACUAGUGACUGCUUUGUUGCUGUUUUAGUAUACCUGCCAUUUAAAAUUGUCAAGUCUCUUUCUGAUGGUACUUUUGAUGAGGUGGCUGUCAAAUUAUCAUGGCAAGUUUGACUGAAAUGAUGUGACUGUCUGUGCCAAAUGUGAAACUUUUCUGUUGUAUCUGUGGACGUCCCUACAGUCUUAAAUGGUCUGCUCCAAAAGUUCUAUAUGGCCUUGUGCCAUUGGUCAGUCAGAAUGGACUGUACCAUGAUGAUAUACAAACAGGAUACGGGACCACCAAUGUUUGACUUUGAAUCUGUGAUGUAAUCUGUGAUGUUGUGACUGUAACAAAUUUAUGGCCUAUGUGAUUGACAGGUCACAUGACUACAGACUGACCAAUCAGGUGUUGUGCAUGUCACAUGGCAAUUUUCUGACCAAUCAAGUGUGGAAUAAGAUAAGGUUAUUUCUGAUUAUUGUGCAAUGGAUUGUUAACCAAGGUGUGUGAAUCGAGAGAUCUGAUAUAUUGGUGGAUUAAUGUUGAAAUAAAAAUGUCAGAUGUUA